AAACAAACAAAACAAAUAAAAGACCAAAACCAAUGCCCACCCGGCUGCCCUCUCGUCCCUUAGAAAAUGGAAAAACCGCCUUCUCACUUCAUUCUCUGCCUGUCGUUUUUGUAACAUAGAAAAAAAAAAAAAAAAACUGAAAACACAACUCUCUCUUUCUCUCUCCCACUGGGUUACUCGGCCAUGCUUAUAACCCAAAUCUAGACUGACCCAUUUCAUCGCCAUCUUUCAUUUCAACCUAAAUUUUACUUUACUCUGCUUCCGCUUCUUCUUUUUUUCUAUGUUCCUCUUUGAUUAUUUAGUUUUACUCGGUAAUCACUGUAAGCUACUUCUUUGAUUUUUGGUCUGUUUGUUUCCCACCAUUUUUGUCUCUGUUAGAACUAAAAUCUUUCGUACCCAUUUCAAUACUGACAGUGACAGUGGAGAAGACUUUAAACGAGGCUUUUGCAUUUGAUUCCUCCAGAUUAUGGCUGGAGAAACAUCAUGGAUCAACCAUUGCAUUGAUGACAAGGUAAAAGAUGUUAGUGACUUUAAUUCAUUCUCAGAGCUUAGUGAUGAAGCCAAUAAAGGAGUCUGUGGGGUUUCCGUAGACUUAAUCCUUCCUGAUGACCUUCUGGAACGAAUUAUAGCUUAUCUUCCAGUAGCAAGCAUAUUCAGAGCACGGUGUGUGUGUAAAAGAUGGAAUGAGAUUAUCAGUUCAAAAAGGUUUUUAUGGAAUUUCUCUCAUGUUGUAUCACAAAAGCCUUGGUAUUUUAUGUUUACAAGCUCUAAUGAACCAAUUGGUUACGCUUUUGAUCCCAUCCUUCGAAAGUGGUACAGUAUUGAACUUCCCUGCAUUGAGACAUCCAAUUGGUUCAUUGCUUCAUCGAGUGGCUUGGUUUGCUUCAUGGACAAUGACAGCAGAAGUAAGUUAUAUGUCUGCAAUCCCAUCACCAAGGAUUGCAAGAAGCUUGAGGAGCCUCCUGGUUUGAAAUUCUCUGAUUACAGUGCCCUUGCACUUGCAGUGAAUAGAGUAUCACAUGGCUAUACUAUCUCAAUUGUGAAGUCUAAGCAAGUCCUAGGAAAUUUUUUCCAGUGGGAUCUCUCAAUUUAUAUAUAUGAUUCAGAAACAAUGAUGUGGGUAACAUCCUGGACAGAGGUUCUGACUGGAUGGAGAGGUGGAGAUGAGAGUGUGAUAUGUGAUGGGGUUCUAUACUUUUUGAUCUACUCAACAGGGGGUGGAACACCAGAAAAUCGCCAUGGCUUGAUUAUGUAUAAUUUGUCUAGCCGAUCUUCUCAUGGUUUACUGAUUAGGAAUUUUAUACCAGUACCUUGUCCUCUCACAUGUGGUCGCUUGAUGAACCUUAAGGAGAAGCUGGUAAUGGUGGGAGGAAUUGGUAAACAAGAUCGACCUGACAUAAUUAAGGGGAUUGGUAUCUGGGUUUUGAACGGAAAGGAGUGGCAAGAAGUUGCCCGAAUGCCCCAAAAGUUUUUCCAAGGAUUUGGGGAGUUUGAUGAUGUUUUUGCUAGCAGUGGGACGGAUGAUCUCAUAUACAUUCAGAGCUAUGGAGCUCCUGCCCUACUUGUUUAUGAUAUGAAUCAGAAAUAUUGGAGAUGGUCACAGAAGUGUCCUGUAACUAAGAGGUUCCCACUUCAGCUCUUCACUGGCUUUUGCUUUGAACCCAGGCUUGAGAUUGCUCCUUAGUUUGUUCCUCAUUUGAUUUGGUGGUAUUGAUGAAAGUGUGGAAUCCCCUCAUUUUUCUUUAUAAUUUGUUUUAUUCCUAUUAACAGCUAUCACGAAAUAUGUUCCAAAAAUUUUAUACAAAAUGGGAAUAUUAUUCUUUGCAUUGGGAGAUACUGCUUACAUGAAUACCAGUUUGACUAUUUUUACAUUGAAAAA